GAGGAGGAGGCUACCAGCCGAGGGGGGUAGCCGAUUCCCGGAGAGGAUUUUCUGUGCUCGUCGUCCGAAUUAUUAAAUCGUGACGGCGGCGAAUAAAAACAAAAAAUAAAGCAUCAUAAAACAUGGUGCUGACCCUCGGAGCAGAUCUUCCGUCGGGCCUGUGAGUGUCGGCCGGUUCCCCCCGCCGCCUCUUCGGGGGAUUCUGCUGUCUGAGUCCGUCCUGACCCGCGACACCGCCAGGCGAUGACAGCGGCUACAGCCACUCCGCAGGUGAUGAGAGACCGGCUGCUACAGGCCAUCGACGGCCAGAGCAAUCAGAUAUGCAACAUGGUGGUGGUUAUGGAGGUGAUCUCCUUUUUGGAGAAAUAUCCUAUCACCAAAGAGGCACUGGAGGAAACCCGUCUUGGCAAGCUCAUCAACGAUAUCCGUAAGAAAACCAAGAAUGAGGACCUUGCAAAAAGGGCCAAGAAGCUCCUGCGGAACUGGCAGAAGCUAAUUGAGCCAGGAAAGGGUGAGGUGUUGUCCAAAGGACACACUGGUGCAUCAUGGUCUUCCAAUGGAGGUGCUCAUCCCUGUAUCUCAGCUCCAGCUGCCACCACACCAUCAGGUAAAACAGGUCCAGAGUUGAAGAACAGAAAUGACUUCAACAACUGCUACUCUCCGAGGAUGGAGAAACCAAGCAACAGGAAACGAAAGGGUGACCAGAAGGAAGUCCAGCUCCUGCCAGCCAAGAUAUCCAAAACAACUCUUAAUGAUAAAAUUCAAAACUCCAAACAGCUGCCAACCAAUGGAACUGGUGGUAGCUCUGAAAUUUUUACAGAUAAUCGCGCACAUCAGCCUUUAGAUGGGGAGAUUUCUGAGCCUUUGGACAACGACAGACUAAAUAAAAUCCCAGUCAAUGCUGUAAAACCUCAUCCAAGUGCCCCGGGAUACAUCAAGCCUCUUAGCACCUCUUCUAUGCUAAAAGCAUCAGUUCAGCAGCAGCAAGCCAGACAGGAGCAAGCUGUCUCUGGGGGGCAGUGUCGACCCAGAAGCCCACGCUGUUCCUUGCACAGUCCUCAAACUCCAAAGCAGGAAGCUGGUGUCAAACAAACUGCAUCACAAGCACAGGGUCUCUCUACCCCCAGUGUGAGGCCUGGGUUGGUGGACACCUCCGGCCUGGGGCCUUCCACUCAGCAUUUCAAUGGUUGUGUUCAGGGUUUGCACACAGACACGUCAGACUUGGAUUCUCAUAGCAGGCCUUGCAGUAUGUCUCUUUACAAGUCAUAUGCCUCCUCCUGCAGUGAUGUGGUCACAUUGGAAGAUGGUGCUGUUAGCAAUACAGAGAAAAGGAAAAGACAGAAAUACAGGCCUAAGGACCAUGUGGAAAAUUUAGAUGGACAGACUGUAGAAGAUGGCACAAAACCAGUCAGGUUAAAAGACAGGAAACUGACUUUUGACCCUGUAACAGGACAGAUCAAAUCCUCCUUUCAUAAGGAGCAUUGCCAGGAAGGGGAAGUCAGAUUGGGCCACAGAUCUGAAUCUCAGUGGUCAGAACAACAGAAGCAGAAUCCACCGGUUCCUCCCAGUCCCUUCCAGCAGACAGACUGGAAAGAGCUGUCGAGGAGUGAAAUCAUCCAAUCGUACCUUAGCCAGCAAAGCAACGCACUGACAUCGUCGGGCGCCCACACUCCUGGUGCACACUUUUUCAUGACAGAGUUCUUGAAAAAAGAGGAACACCGAAGUACAGAUGUCAAGAAAACGCACGUGUUGGCUCCAGAACUCCCAGCCAGUGAUUUACCGGGGAUUAGCAGAGAGGUCAUCAAUGAAGACCUGAACAGAUUACACACACAACAGUGGUCUGGGGUUAACGGUUGCUACGACACAAAGGGUACUUGGUAUGACUGGACGGAGUGCAUCUCCUUAGAUCCGCAUGGAGAUGAGAGCCGGUUGAACAUACUGCCGUACGUCUGUCUGGAUUGAAACUGAUGUCAGGUUUCUGAAUUGGAAGUUGCAGGCUGCCUUCAUCUUAAAGCAGAGCAACUCUGCAUGUGUGAAGGCACUUUAUCUAAGUGUAAGCUGCUGUUUUGCACCUUUGGUGAAAAUGGAGUCAACGUGCUGCCUGCUUGAGUGUGUGUGGAGCACAGGGGGUGUGUAAUCAGUGUUUUUAUGAAAUUUUUGAACAUUGAAGACAGCAAGGAAAGACGCUAUGCAUUAUCUGAAAUUGUUUGUGUUCAGUAAAUGUACAGAUGAGUUCUCAAUACCUGCCAUUCUUUGUAUGGGAAAAGACAUUUUGUCUUAUGUUGUCCACAUGCCUCGUGGAUGUGGCUUUUCUGCAUUCAUACACAUUUAUUCCACAGUGCAGUAUUUUUUUUUUCCUUUUAAAAAAAAAGUGAUUAUAUCAGCUUUAUCACCUUUAAAUAGAGUGAUGAGCUACAUAAUUUUGAUGGGAUUUGUUCAUGCAUCUUUAACAAGGCUGUUAAAAUGUAAUUUAAUGCUAUUUUCAAGUAACCACCAUCAUUAGCAUUGGCAUUAAUGAUCACUUGCUGUGAAACAGAUUCAUAAACAGCUGUUGCUUCAUUUCACAACUGUCUUGUGCAUUUCGCAGAAAUAAUAACUGACAAAUCAGCUUUAAAACAUUUGAAUACGUCUCUUGUGUUGUGAGGUUUGACUGCUGUUAAAUAAAGUGACCUGAAACUGCCAGAUGUGACUGCAGUUUGGGGUGAGAGAAAGAAAGGCUUGUAUUGGGGUUGACAAUGUACACUGAAUAAGAAAUGUGGCUGUCAUGUACAAUAUUUAUUUACAUUUUCAUUUUAAGAUUUAUAUACAUGUUCCGACCACUAAAUAAUUUGUUACAUUUCUUUAUUCAGAAUUAGUUCAGUGAUGCAACAGCGACAGUCCAACCUUUUCCUGCUGAUACACCAGCCUACCUUACACAGGAAAACUCUCCAAAAUGAAACAUUUUGAUAAUGUGAACUAGUUUAUUUUAUACUUGCCUUUUCCCUUUACUGUGUAUUUAGGCUGUAAAAUAUGAAUUGAAAUGGCAGAGCAGAUUAUGCUACAAGCUUGCAUCUUUGUACUGUCAGGAAGAACUGAGAUUUAAAUUGACAUGCUGGAUAAAGUACUUAAUAUCAUUCCUUUAGAUAUUGUUUGCCUUAUGGAAACCUGUGUUUUCCCUAAAGACAGAGCCUUAGUGAAUGUACAGAAAUUAGCCUUUUGUGUUCAGUGGAAUGCAGAAGAGAACAUAUUUGCUACUUUGUCCUUUAAGUGGACAUGUUGAUAUGUGUUAAUAAAAAAAAUGAAGGAA